AUGCCCAUUAAAGUCAAAGUAGAGUUCCUUGGGGGACUAGACGUGAUAUCGUCGUCGGUAAGACAACACAAAGCCACGCUUCCCUACGAAGAAGGCGAAGCAACCAUGAAACAAGCAAUAGAGUGGAUCACUCACAAUCUCAUCACGGAUCCCAAGGACACCCCGGUGUUUAUAGAAGACGGCACGGUUCGAAACGGGAUUUUGGUGUUGAUCAAUGACACAGAUUGGGAGUUGGAAGGAAUGGAGGACUACGUGGUUGAAAAUGGCGAUGUGUUGACUUUUACCAGUACGCUACAUGGAGGAUAA